CUGUGGGCUGGGUGGAGGCUCUCUUGUAAAUGCAGGCGUUCUGGCACCAACUCCAAUUCGAACAAGGAGGAGUCUAGAAUGGCCGGAAGAAUGGAACAAAGACUGGGAGGCCUGCCAAGAGACUGCUUUAACCAUGUUAGGAUCAAACAAUAUUCCUUUUGAAUUCUCCAGUGCCAAAGUUAUGAAGCAAGUAGUGGAAGAAGAUAUUGAAGAUUGUAAAGCAGAUCCAAUGAAACUCGAGUAUUAAUUUUGGUCAAGAAUCAAUGGUCCAAACCAAGGGAGCUCAAGAUACAGGAAGUUGCUUAGCUUGCGGAAAUUGUCUAUCUGGUUGUCCUUAUAAUGCAAAAAACUCCAUUGACAAGACUUACAUAAGUUCAGCUAUCCAGGCAGGAUGUGUUGUCAAACUAGAAAGUGAAGUCCAUUAUAUUAUAAAGACUGAUCAUGGAAAUGGACCAAAUGGUGAAGAAAAUAAGUGCAAUGAUAGAAACGAACAUAGAAGAUGGCGAAUUUACUUUGAUAGUAUUGAACAUGCAUUGGCGGAUUUUGUAGUUCUUUCAGCGGGAGUUUUAGGCACAACUAAGAUAUUGUUUGAGUCUGAGAGAAGAGGAUUGAAGCUUUCAUCAAGACUCGGACAUGGCUUUAGCUGCAAUGGAAACAAUGUGGCUUAUGUUGCUGGAAGCCAAGCACGGUUGAAUGCUUAUGGUUUAAACUAAAAAGCAAUUUACAACAAUACCGUUACUGGAUCGUCCAGGACCAACAAUCACUUCUUCCUACACUUCUUCAGCAGGCUUCACAAUCCAGACUGGAGUCCUGCCAACAUCAUUCCCUUAUAUGUUGUUCAAAGGUAUAACAACCUAUGGAUGGCCAAAUGGUUGUUGGUUUCUACAGGGGUUGAUCGACAAGGUGAAGCAUUUGAUGGGAUUAAAAGCUAGUCAGGCCAUGGUGCUGAAUGUAAUGGGAUAUGAUUCAUGCGAUGGAAGAAUAACUUUUGAUAAAGAGACGAAUAAGAUCAGAUUCACACAAGCACAUGAUCCUUUACUUCUGCGAAAAAUUCAGGCACUUCAAAGCAUUUCUAAGAAGCUAGGCGGGAUGUUGUUCAUGUCAAGGUAUAGGAGCACAUCAGUUCAUCUUUUAGGAGGGUGCAAUGCAGCUUCAGAUUCUUUAAAUGGUGUUUGCAAUCCUAAAGGUCAGGUGUUUGACGUGAGCGGUGAUCAACCUGCAAGACAUGAGGGCCUAUAUGUGUGUGAUGGCUCUCUAAUCCCAUGUUCAGUUGGUAUAAACCCAAUUCUCACAAUUACUACAACCUCUGAGUACAUUAGUAAGCACUUAGUACAAGAGGUCCUAAAUUUCAAAAACAGAUUUAAACAGAAUGAAGUUAUGACAACAGGAUUAGUAGAACUUGCUAAUAGCACAAUGCAUUCAAAGAUAUCCGGCAUAAAUAAUAGUAGGUUGGACAAAGGACUACAAUCUCAUCGUGAAGUUCAAACAAUGAAGAGCAAAGAGAAUGUCACUUUCAAAGAAACAUUGAAAGGUUUCAUCGGUGGCAUGCCCUGCAUAGCAUAUCUUGCAGUGAAAAUAAACUUGCCGGGCCAGCUAACCUUUUCACAGAACAAUAUAGAUAAAACAUAUGAGCAUUCACUUCUCAGAGGAAAGGUUGGUGGAUAUGUUGUAUUCCAAACAAUAAACAAAGAACCACUAUAUGUUAUAGAUGGAGAAAUAGACAUGCUUGCAAUAAAUAAUAGAACUCCGUAUACACAGUACAUGCACUAUAAGCUAGUUUUAGCAUCAACUUCUGGUUCAAGGUACCUACUGGAGGGAAAGAAGGUGAUGAAUCCAUAUAUUCUGGCCACAUAUGCUUGGAAAGAGUCCAAGACUUUGCAUGUGACUUUUAAAGAAUUCACUGGAAAGGAUGACAAACAGUCCAAAAUAUGUGGGGAUAAUAACCAACAAAAGGUUGAUCUUAAUGGAGAACUUCAUUUGUCAGUACUUGAGCUUCUUAAGAGCUUAAUAAGUAUGCAAGGGAAUCAAAAAGGGCUAUUCGUAUGCCUUCUCUUGCAAAGCCUAUGGAGGACAUACAUCUUACAAAUACCUAGGAACGCUGAACCAAAAUUUACAAAUUUUGACAAGAACAAUAAGACAUAUCCCACCAGCUGCCUUCAUGAAUUAAAAACAGGAGAUGGCUGUCUCAUCAGUUGCCAACAAUGGAGAUGCAAUCUAAAACCAUGGAAGUCAAAAAGAGUACAUGGAUUUCCAAUUCUUCUGCUUAAUGGACAUUCCACAGAAAGCUUUUAUCUACCGACUGAACCAACAGAUUUAGUAAGAACGUUACUAGAAGAAGGAUAUGAUACAUGGAACCUUCUAACAAGAACUCACCCUCAACAUGCUUCAAAUAAAUUUACAAUUGAAGAUAUUGCAAAAUUUGACAUUCCUGCAGCAAUCACCAAGAUUCAAGAGCUACAUGGCCCAAAAACCAAAAUCCAUGUGAUAGCACAUUGUGUUGGAGGCUUAGCAAUUAAUAUUGCUCUCCUUGGAGGCUAUGUCUCUGCUGCUCAUGUUGCCUCUCUCUCUUGCAUCAACUCCUCAAUGUUUUUCAAGCUAACAACAUCAGCCCUUCUUAAGAUGAGGCUUCCUCUCAUUCCAAUAAGCAUGGCGGUUCUGGGUAAGAACAAAAUCAUAUCUAUGUCUGAGGAGCCCAAUGAGAGCUUUAGGCACUGGUUAGUGAAGUCCAUUGUGAGGCUGAUACCACAAUAUGAACGUUGCACCUUAAGUGGUUGUGAUCUAUUAUCAGGUAUCUUUGGAAACACUUUUUGGCAUGACAAUGUGACCCCAAAGCAUUCAUGAAUGGUUAAUCAAGCAAAAAGUCACCAGGCUUCCAUUGUCAGCAUUCCCACACCUCCGGAAAAUAUGCAUCUCAGGCUUCAUUGUUGAUCCUAAGGGAAGAAAUGAGUAUUUAAUCCACCCUGAGAGGAUGGCAUUACCAACACUCUUUGUUUCAGGUGGAAGAACCCUUUUGGUAACACCAGAAACAACAUUUUUGGCUCACAAGUAUAUGAAGCUCCACCAACCUAAGUUUAAACACAAGAGAGUGGUGAUAGAAGGUUUUGGGCACUCUGAUCUCUUGAUUGGAGAAAAUGCACAUAAGAAAGUAUUCCCACAUUUCCUUUCACACAUUAGAUCAGUUGAGGAAGGAACAGCGACAAUAGAGGGGAAGGACUCAUUGUUGUCAUGGGAUGGCACACAUGAUGGAGAUGACAUGUAUAGAUCUUGGAAUUAUUUUUUGUGUUUGAUGAUGCUUCUAGCGCUUACAAUUGUUGUGUCAUACAUACUAUAGUUGAUGAAGUAUCUGAAGAAUGGUGCUAUGUAACCAAGUGUCAUUCAUGAUAAAGAUCAAGCACAAGUGGCUUUUGUUCU